AUGCCUGACGGACCUGAAAGUGAAACGUUCCAACGAAGGAGCUAUAAUACAAACCUGGGGACGCAAAAUAAUAGAAGACACAACUCGAUGACUUCAUUUUUCAUCGGUUUCACAGUUAGUGCGGUUUUUGUUUUGAUUGCAUUUGGAGUUUCUUUUAUCUAUUUCGCUCAAUACGAUCGUACAGUGAAAAUAAUACCAAAAGAACUUGAGAAAUCCAGCCGAAAAUCAUCUCUACCUAAUUCUUCUGAAAUACCAUCAACUAUUUCAGUUGAAACGACUACGAAGACUACAAACUUAGAGCCUUCAUCCAUUUCUCCAGCUCCAGACAAAACUGAGCCUACCUCGUCUGAACUUCCACCAACUAUCACAAAAGAACUUACAGCAGCGAUUUCACGUUCAGAGCCUUCAACUAGUACUCCAGCUCCAACAAUUUUAUAUCCGGCACCACCAGUUGCGAUACAAAAAGAGCCGGAAUUAAGUCUCGCGAAAAAAGGUAUAAGAGAAACAAAACGAGUAUUGAAUCAGAUUAGAGGAUGGCUUCGAGAUUGA